GUGUCUUAUUCCACGUGGCCAUGCGAUAAAUGAAAUAAAUCCUACUACUUCCCCAUUUCACGUUAAAUCAUGGUCCUUGUCCUCGUCGUUGGCGAUCUACACAUUCCGCAUCGAAUACACGAUCUCCCACACAAGUUCAAGAAACUACUGGCGCCUGGGAAAAUAUCCCAGGUCCUUUGUACAGGAAAUGUUUGUGAUAGAGAAACUAUGGAAUAUCUGAGGUCAAUAGUUGGAGGAGCGGAGAUACAAGUUGUGAGAGGAGACUACGAUGAGCUUCCAGGCCUCCCGUCAUCGUUAACAGUGACACACUCGAACAACUCCCUACGAAUUGGUUUAAUACACGGCCAUCAAUCACUUCCUCUGGGCUCACUUGACGCUCUCUCUGCGAUUGCGCGUCAAAUGGAUGUUGACUUUCUUGUUUCCGGCGCGACACACGCUGUACAGGCAGUCGAGUACGACGGAAGGUUCUUCUUGAACCCUGGGACGGCAACAGGUGCUUGGACAGGUGCUUGGAAUAGCUCCAAACCGGGAUUUGCCGUCUCAUCUAACGAGGGAGUCAAGGCGGCAGGCCCUCAUGGUGAUCCUAUACCAAGUUUCGCAUUGUUGGAUAUACAAGGAACGGUCGUGGUGACAUAUGUGUAUCAGUUCAUAGAUGGAGAUGUUAAGGUGGAGAAGGUGGAAUGGCGCAAGCCAGACGGAUAUGGCGUCGAUGAACGUGUAGGAGCUAAAACACCGAUAACACCCGGCGUUGGCUCGGUUAUGCCUCAGAGUAUACCAAGUCCGACACCUAUGAGUCCGCAGAAUGCCGGUUGGUGAUUGCACGGUUGUACGGUACAGGGAAAACGACUUCAACAACUUGAAGUGUUACUUGGUGUGUAAUCUGUAAUAAUAUUUUUCAUCCACACCAUUUGGAAUGAACUAUAUAAUGUGUGCAUUGGGAGUGUCCGAGAGGUGUGUGCCUAAGGGGUGUGAAGGACGCAGUAUACUUGGAGGCCAAUUUUUGUCGAUCCCUACGAGCGGGAUAAGUUGGUGAUCAACGGCCCAAACUUGGCAAAGUUUUCUCAGACCAUUGGGAAACGAAGACAAUUCUAUUCAUUCAUACUACGUCCUCUUUCAUAUGGGUCGUGGGAGGAACUUCCUCUCUCUAAAUCGCAUGGAAAUGCAAGAGCCAUUCUCGGUCAACUUCAACCUCAACCACUGUGGAUUC